AUGGUUUCCAGUAGAUCAACGAGCCCCAAUAGACGAAGCUCUGCUGGUUCCUCCACAUCGUCUAUUAAUGCACGAAUUGUCCCUUUUAUCUCAAACUACUACUCACUUCUUGGCGAUUCUCCAAAUUCUCUAGCUGAUUUACAUAUUAGCAAUCCUGACCCCCACUUGAAAUGGCAAAUUCCAAGCUUCGCCAUUGGAGGGAAUCCAAGAAUUCAAGGUUCUAUACUUCUCGACAAUGGAAUACUUAGUAUUAAAAGCUUCGAGAAGGACACAUUAUUUAAUAUAUUUUCAAGCCUACCUACCAUAAGUUGUAAGAUUCCAGUAGAAAUUAUGGAUAUCAAUGAAACAACUCAAAAUAUAGUUACUGUGUCUAUACAUGGCCAUGUAAUCUCAGGAGAUGAGAGAUUCCUGUUUUUCCAAGUUUUGCAGAUGGUUCACGGGCCAGAUCAUCAUAACAAAGAGAACUUUCUGAUUUUUAAUAAUAUCUUUUAUGUAUUUCCAGUACCAUUUGACAUGAAAAGUAUGUAUAGUAUGCAAAGUUUCACAAAUCAACCUUCCUUAUCCCAUUCCAUUUCUUUAACUAAUGAUCUAAAGAACACGGAUCUAGAAGAUUAUCGUUGUAACAAUACCGAGCAUGAAACUACUGGAAAUCGACACACACAUAGCCAGAAUCACCACAUCAAGACCUUCCCUACAUAUCAAGAUGUUAAAAAAUCUGCCAAAAUUAAGCACCAAGUCAAGAUCCACGGACUAUCAGCCAAUUCAGGGUUAUCUGAUAAGGAUAUUCUCUCUGCUAUUUCAUUCCAACUUAAAAACAGCAACGAGGGAUUUGCUAUUGCAAUUAACAGAAAUAAGGAUGAAGCAAUUGUCCAAGUAGAUUCAGUCCAAUCCCAAGAACUUCUUUGUCAAAGAGGUAUCUAUAUUCAAGGACUCAAAUACAAAGUCUCAAAUAUGACCAAGAAACACGGUUCUGGAGUUAAAGGUAAUAAAAACUCAAAUAAUAGUAGUAACAAUAAUAACUCAUUUAGAAACAAUACCCAGGCUGAAGGCCCCUCAUCUUCAUCAGCUUUAAAGAAAACCAACAGCAACAAAAAGGGGGUCCCAGAUGAGGAUGGAUGGAUAACUGUCACGAGCAAGGGGAAAAUUAAAUAG